UUGUCUGUGGUGCUGCUCAUUUUUUCUACCCAACUUGCAGAGUAUCAGUGAUUUGUACUUCACAACUUUUGAGUUGUAACCAUUUUGUCGUAACAAGAAAGAUGUACUCCUUGUGUUAAGCGUCAUGCAGCUAAUGUUUCAUCCAACAGAGUGAAGAUGCAGUGGAGUUUGUUUGUGCUCAUUCUGAUGGCAGUCUACACCUGCACAUCAGGGAGAGACAUCAGAGAGACACGAGGAGAGAAGAAGCCACCAGAUUUUCAUCUUAACAGAGCAAGGAUGCAGUGGAGUCUGAUUCUGUUCAUUCUGAUGGGCCAGUGUUCCUUCUUUGUGUGUGAACUCUAUGAGUACCACUUCAUUAAUGAGAGUAAGACCUGGAGUGAAGCUCAGUCGUAUUGCAGGGAGCACUACACUGACCUGGCCACAGUGUCUAAUGCAACAGACAUGAACAAACUCAACGGCUCACAGAAUCAAGAUGGAGCCUGGAUUGGGCUGCGCUGCAUCUACACAAAAAGCCUCAACACGUGGUGGUGUUCUCUUCCAGGGGAGGAGGGCAACAAUCCUGAGAAAUGUGUGCUGAUGAGGGAUGGUGAAUGGUUUGACUUCCCUUGUACUCAUCAAUGUAAAUGUAUCUGCUACGAUGGAACUAGGAAAUCUGGCAAAUCAUUUAGUUUCAUUAACAAUAAGAUGACCUUGCCAGAGGCUCAGAACUACUGCAGAGAACAUCACACUGACCUGGUCUGUGGAGUCCGACAGCUACAAAACGAAGAUCUCCGGACAGAAGCAGGUUCUGAACGCAACUUGUGGAUCGGCCUGUUCAGAGAAGUCUAUAAGUGGUCGGAUGGGGGCAAUUUCUCUACCAGCUACUGCGAUCUGCAGUUACUUAAAGAUAAAGAAUGCAGAAAAAUGUGUGUUGUGAAAAUGUUAAAUGGAAAAUGGAGUUUUGAUGAAUGUAAUAAAACAAAACCCUUCUACUGCUAUGACGAUAAACUUAUCCUGAUCAAAGAGGCAAAGACCUGGCAGGACGCCUUGGAUUACUGCAGAAAGAACAACAGUGACCUGGUCUCCAUCACCAACCUCGACCAGCAGAGACAGGUCCAAGAGAUAGCCAAGAACGCCGUCAGUUCCCACAUCUGGCUGGGACUGCGUUACACCUGCACUAUGGAUUUGUGGUUCUGGGUCACUGACAAGCUGGUCUGCUAUGAGAACUGGGCCUCAGAAAUAACGACUGACGCUUGUGACAUGGCUGCAGCCAUGGGCAGUGGAGGACAACAUAAGUGGUCCAAAAAGACUGACAAUGAGAAGUUUAAUUUCAUCUGUUCUAAGUAAAAACCCUCUACUCACAGGUAGCUGGCGUUUUUAAUUAUUUACUCACUUUGUUUGCAGUGGUGGUGUGCAUUUUUUAGUUGAUGUAGUUUGUCAUCCACGUCAAUCAUUUGUGUUGAUAACAAGAGUAUAAAAACAAAUCUAUAAUGUUUUGCUUCUUGCAUUUAGAAAAUAAUCUACU